GAAGUGACUUGUGUUGGGUCGUCUUCUCUAUCAAUAUUCCUGAGUGUAUCAAGUAGAAGAUAUUUAUUUAUUUAUUUAUACAUACAAGAGUUGUUACACUCUUGUACAGCCACUAGCACGCAUAGCGUUUCGGAGCGUGCAGCGUCGUGUACUUCCAAGACGCGCAGAGGCGAGAGAGGGCCGCUCGGCCCCAGUCCAGGGACACCAGUAUACACACAUUUUUAUCGCUUAAAAGAUUCCCGUUAGUGGCGAUGUAUUGUGUGGGGGGAGCAGCCAGACGAGUGUGGGCUCGCGUCCCAGCACCCACACUCACCCACGCCCACCUCUAUGCACCCACACUCGCCCAUACCUGUGGCACCAGCUGGAAGACGGUCUUGGGAGGCAUCAAUGAAAAUGUGAGUAAAAUAGUGACCUUGAGGUGGUUCAGUGCCAGUAGUAAAGAAGACAAGCCCACAUGUAAUGUUGGAACCAUCGGCCAUGUGGACCAUGGCAAGACUACUCUUACAGCAGCUAUCACUAAAGUUCUUCAAAAGAGUGGACUCUCCAGUUUUGUUUCAUAUGAUCAGAUUGAUCGUGCACCGGAGGAAAUAAAGCGAGGGAUAACCAUCAAUACGGCACACAUCCACUAUUCCUCAGAUCUUAGACACUAUGCACAUACUGACUGCCCAGGACAUGCUGAUUAUGUGAAGAAUAUGAUUUCGGGUGCAUCCCAAAUGGAUGGAGCAAUCCUAGUGGUAGCAGCAAAUGAUGGACAAAUGCCACAAACACGAGAACACCUCUUGUUGGCUAAGCAAGCAGGAGUGAAGAAAGUUGUUAUAUAUGUCAACAAAGCCGACCUUGUAGAUGAUGAGGUAUUAGAGCUAGUUGAGAUUGAGGUUCGAGAGUUGCUGGAUGAUUAUGGUUUUGAUGGCAUUAAUGCUCCUUUUGUGAAUGGAUCAGCUUUACUUGCCCUACAAGGAGAUCAAGGGCCUUAUGGAGAAAGCAGUAUUCUCAAGCUUGUGAAAGCUCUGGAUGAUUAUGUAUCAAUUCCAACCCGAGAUCUUAAAUCUCCAUUUAUGCUCUCGAUAGACAAUUACUUUAAUGUUCCAGGCCGUGGGUCUGUUGUUACUGGAACCCUCAAACAAGGUGUCAUAAGAAAAAAUGAUCCAGCAGAGUUACUGGGAUUUGAUCGCCAAAUCAAGACUGUUGUUAGUGACUUACAGGUGUUCAAGAAGUCAGUUCCAGUUGUAGAAGCUGGCCAGAAUAUGGGUGCAUUACUUCGAGGUGUUAAAUUGGAGGUUCUAAUGAGAGGUAUGGCCCUGUGCUCCAUUGGUUCCCAGAUCUACAACAAUAGAUUUGAAGCUGCCAUAUACCUUCUAAGCCAUGAAGAGGGAGGUAGAUCUCGUCCACUAAUCGCUCCUUACAUGCAACAGCUUUUUAGCAAUACUUGGAAUAUUGCUUGCCGUGUUGACCUGCCAGAUGGUGUAGAUAUGUUUAUGCCAGGUGACCAUGGUACAGUGCUGCUGACCCUACAGGAACGUAUGGUAAUGAUGGAGAACCAACCGUUUACCAUCAGAGAAAACAACAUUACUGUUGCCACGGGCAUGAUAACGAAGGUUUUGAGUAGCGUCAGUAUACCACAGAAGAAACUAGAUAAAAUCGAGCUUAAUAAAAUUACCACAAAAUAAUAUUUUAAUAAAAGUUAUUUAAG